UGCCCUGCACACAGGGUUGCCCUCUGCCUCCCACAAGGUGACCAACAGCUAUGUCCGGGGUACCUCAGACAUCCCCCUUCUCACCAAAACCAUGGGCCAGUGCCUGGAUGAGACCACUGAGCGGUUUCCUGACCGCGAUGCUGUGGUCUUCUGCCGAGAUGGGGUUCGGAAGACAUUUGCUCAGUUCAAAAAGGAGGUGGACCAAGCGGCAGCCGGGCUUCUGGCUCUUGGCCUGAAGAAAGGAGAUCGCCUGGGGAUGUGGGGUCCCAAUAAAUACGAGUGGGUUCUCAUGCAGUUUGCAACUGCCCAGGCAGGAAUCAUCCUGGUAUCUGUGAAUCCAGCCUACCAGGCCCUUGAGCUGGAGUUUGUCAUCAGGAAGGUUGGCUGUAAGGCACUGGUGUUUCCCACUCAAUUUAAAACACAGAAAUACUAUGAUAUUCUAAAGCAGUCAUGUCCCGAGCUAGAAAAAUCCAGUCCAGGGGGAAUAAAGAGCAAAAGGUUACCUGACUUAUCCAUUGUCAUCACAGUGGACUCCAAGCUGCCCGGUACCUUCCACAUGGACGAAGUGAUGCAGGCUGGGGACAGCAGCCAUAUGAAGCAGUUGAGAGCCGUGCAGCAGACCCUUUCCUGCAAUGAGCCCAUCAACAUCCAGUUCACUUCCGGGACAACAGGAAGGCCCAAAGGAGCCACCCUGUCUCACAGGAAUGUUGUGAAUAAUGCCAAUCUGAUAGGUCUGAGGCUGCGGAUCGCAGAGCAGGACCAUCGUGUUGCUGUCCCCGCACCCCUCUAUCAUUGCCUGGCGUCGGUGGGAGGCUGCAUGGUGAUGGCUCUGCACGGGUCCUCCUGCAUCUUCUCGUCUCCGAGUUUCGAGGGGAAGGCUGCACUGGAGGCAGUGUCUCGAGAGAAAUGCUCCCUUCUACACGGCACACCGACCAUGUUUAUAGACAUGCUCUCCCAGCCCGACUUUGACUCCUACGACCUGUCAUCUCUCCAGGGAGGAGUCAUUGCAGGUUCUCCUGUUCCCCCUGAGAUCAUGAAGAUGAUUAUCACCAAGAUGCACAUGUCAGAGAUGGUGGUUGCCUACGGGACCACGGAAAACAGCCCUGUCACCUUCAUGGGAUUCCCCAAUGACAGCAUCGCCAGGAAAACAGAGACGGUGGGAUGCAUCCUUCCCCACACAGAGGCAAAAAUUGAAGAUCCAGAAACAGGGAAGUUUGUGCCUCUGAACACUCCUGGGGAGCUUCAGAUCCGUGGCUACUGUGUCAUGCUGGGCUACUGGGAUGAUCCUGCCAAGACGAGUGAAGUGGUCACUGCUGAGAAAUGGUACAAGACAGGGGACCUUGCAAGCCUGGAUGAACACGGCUACUGCAAAAUUAUAGGCCGUUGCAAGGACAUGGUUAUUCGGGGUGGAGAGAACAUCUACCCAGCAGAAAUCGAGCAGUUUCUCCACACCCAUCCCAAGGUUGAGGAGGUCCAGGUGGUUGGUGUGAAGGAUUCACGGAUGGGAGAAGAGAUCUGUGCCUGCAUCCGAGUGAGGGCCGGGCAGGACUGCACCGAGGAAGAGAUUAAAGCUUUCUGCAAAGGGAAGAUCUCCCAUUUCAAGAUCCCGCGGUACGUUGUGUUUGUGAGUCAGUACCCGCUCACCGUCUCAGGCAAGAUUCAGAAAUACAAGUUGAGGGAGCAGAUGGAGAAGCACCUUCAGCUCUGAGCUUGGGAAGGCAGAGUAAAAAAGGGGCUAAAUGAGCCCUGCUUCAGCCAGCUUUGUGUCUGCUUUUCACCUGUGCCUUGGGCUACACAGCAGAGACCUUCUCUCCCCAACAUCAGGCUGGUGGCUCUCUUAGUUAAUAAAACAGAGCGCCUUUUUUUCCCAGUUGGGUUUGUUUCUUUGCCAA